AUGUUAUCCCUAACAUUAUUCUUUGGAUUCAUCAUCUCAGCUUUCGCGAGCUACAUCCCACCUGGGCCAAAAUUUACAUGCUCAAAGAUUAAAGCAGUUAUUCAUCCAUGCGUUUGUGUUCAUGGCAGUGAUCAAGGUGUCUACAUAAAAUGUGAUAAUACAAAUUUAGCCAGUUUGAGUCUGGCUUUUGUCAGUCUUGGAAAUGAGAAAGUUCUGAUUGAAGAGCUGACUAUUUAUAAAUGCAAUAUAGUACGAUUUUAUGGACCAGCACUUUACCAACUAAACGUUCGAGUUUUGAAAUUCAUUCAAACUCCAUUAAAACUAAUUGAGGAGCAUAGUUUUCUUGGCGUGAAUAGAACAUUACAAGAACUGUACCUAAUCCAAAGUUCACUAGAAAAGUUUCCAAAAGAAGCUUUCAGUAUUUUAGGCAAUCUUACAACUUUGAGUAUUAGAGGGCACAGAAUAGAAGAGCUACCUAGUGAUAUUUUCGCAGAUAGUCUUGCUGCCUUGAAAGUUGAGCGAUUUGAUUUUAGCAAUGGCAAACUAAAUUUGUUACCUAUAGAAACCUUUGGACCGCUGAAGAAACUUAAAAUUCUUGACUUGCACGGAAAUCAAAUUCAAGACUUACAGCGGAAUCAAUUUAAGGGUUUAAGAGAUGUGGAAACUUUGGAUUUAUCUUACAAUUUGAUAGAUAAACUAGAUGCAUCAUAUUUUUACGACCUUACAAAGCUGGGAUCCUGUAAUAUUUCGAAUAACAGAAUUACCGAACUAAAAAGAGGCACUUUUGCAAGAAAUUCAUUGAUAAAAGUACUCAAUCUAAACAACAAUAAAAUUCAAAAAUUAGAUUCCAAUACUUUUCGAGGAAUGCGCCUUCUGAGAAGACUAUACCUGAGUAACAAUCGUAUUAGUGAGGUUAGCCGAGGAACUUUUGGAACGAUGACAAGAAUUGGCGUCAUUGAUGUGUCUAAAAAUAUGAUUAAGAAGGUUGAUUAUCAAAUGUUCUACCAACUACAGUAUGCAGAACACAUAGAUGUAUCUGAAAAUCAAGUGACUAUCGUAGAGAAAGAAGCCUUUAAGGGCUUGUUCUCAGCUGUAGUUAAUCUUUCUCACAAUGUAAUUACUAAAAUUGAGAGUAGUGCUUUCGAAAACUGUGCCAACAUUGUCAUAUUAGAUCUUAGUCAUAACAGAAUCGAAGAUAUAUCCCAAACAGCAUUUGACAGCGCCUCCUACGCUACCACACUACAAUUAAGUUUUAACUUUUUAACUUCACUGAACCAGAUACCUUUGUAUAAUAUGACCGGCUUAAAAGUCUUGAAUGUUUCUUACAACGUUAUUCGAUCAAUUCCACGACAAACAUUUCCAAAACUUUAUGAACUUCACACUAUUGAUUUAUCUCACAACAAUUUUUCAGAUAUCUAUAAUGCCAUCUUUCAAACUUUAUUUAACUUACGUCACCUGAAUUUAUCACAUAAUUUUAUAGAAAAAAUAAAUCCUUCAACGUUUGGUCAUUUGCCAACAUUAUUGGAUCUGAAUUUAAGUUAUAAUAAACUAAAUGACGUAUCUAAAGGAAGUUUUACAAGAUUAGCCAGUUGCAGAACAUUGUCCGUAAAGCACAACGAGUUGAAGAAGAUUUUUCUGAUUCCCAUAUCAUUGGAUUAUCUGGACUUUUCUGAAAAUCUUUUAGAAGAGAUUCCAAGUAUCGAUGUUUGGCCAUCCAUGAAUGCGUUGCGUUCUCUUGAUUUAUCUAAAAACCGACUUGGAAACAAUCUUGUUUAUGGCAGCUUCGAAAACUUACGUACUCUCAGAACUUUAAACCUCCAAGCUAAUAAUAUAAGUAAUCCUCCCGCAGAAGCUUUAGGUAUGCUUUCCAGCUUGCAGUACGUUUAUCUCCAGGAUAACAAUUUGACAUCUUUAAAUAAGGCAGCUUUUGGUAAGCUUCCCAUUGUAUUCGAGCUCAAUCUUGCCCAUAAUCAAAUUCAUGUUAUAAGUGAGCGGGCAUUUGAAGGACUUCUACAACUAUUGACCUUAAAAUUAACUUCUAAUCAAAUCAAGCACAUACCAAACGGUGCUUUUCGAGGUUUAGUUUCGUUACAAAAUUUAGACCUUUCGUAUAAUAAAUUACAAAAGCUUGAUAAUAAAACACAUGGGCUACUUGAUGACUGCUUGUCACUUGAAAAAAUUAAUCUCAGUCAUAACAAGAUUGUUCAUGUUACUAGUAAGACAUUUCCUCAUAAUCCAUGGGUUCCAUACAGAAUAAGAGAAAUAGAUCUGUCUCAGAACGGUAUACAGGCACUUAGUUUUGACUUUACUUUAGGAACAAGGAAAUCAACUUAUUUGAAUCUUAGUGACAACAACAUUAACGAAAUAAGAAAAUAUGUUAUUGGAAACUUGACGGAAGUGGUAACUUUAGAUUUAUCCCACAAUGAGUUAACAGAUCUAUCUGAGCAAGACUUCAUCUCACUACCACCAAAUUUAACAAAUCUGGUUAUAAGUCACAAUCGUUUUAAUCACCUUCCUUGGAAAAAAAUUGUAGCAAUGCCAAACUUGAGACUAUUAGAUUUAGAGUAUAACAACUUUCGUAACUUUGAUGACAUUCUCAUUAAAGUUUUGAACAAUGGAACCAUACUUAAAUAUGCUGGUAAUCCAUUGCACUGUGACUGCUACGUACGACCUCUGCGAAGGUGGCUUGAUACAUUUACCGAGAUUCCUAUGCAUUGGGCAAGUGUAAAAUGUGCGAAUCCCAACUACGUUGCUGAUUUGCUUUUACAGGAUGUUUCAGAGCUGCUAAUGAGUUGUCCUAAUAAAGAUAUUAUGAAGAAUCCAAAAUAUGAUAUCUCUCCUGAUGUAAAAUACCGAGAUAUAGAAUACGAUAGUGAUGAUGAGGUGUGGACAGUAUCGUGGUACGUAACAAAUCGUGGGGAUACAGGUGAUUUUUAUUUAAUUGUACGAGAGCCAGGUAGCAGUAAAAACAUUUUGGAAAAAAAUAUCGUUUAUAAAGAGCGUUCAUUCAAGAUAAGACCGCUUCCAGAUCCCAAUUUAAAGUACGAGAUAUGCGUCUUGGCACGAGACUCUAUGGGAAAUGUUAAGACCUUUCAAAGCUCGCAGUGCAAGAUUUUAGAUAAGCAAACCUUCAGUGAAGCCACCACACAGUCAACCGUCAAUAUUUUGCUUGUGUUUCUUACUCCUGUCAUUUUUUUUGUGUCUUUAUAG